UUGGGCUGUCAGUCCUUUCUGAGGUCGGAAAUAUGGGAAGUCUGCAUUACUGUGACCGGAUUAUUAUGUGAUUUGCCAUAUACUCCUCCAACAUAUCCCAAUAAAUUAAUUAUCUUGGUGUCUUCAUAUUUGUAGGCUAUUUCAGAGUAUUAUUGCCGUGUAACAAGCUCUCACAGUGCAUGAUACUGGGUAUGUCUAGCCAGGGAUGGUCGCUUAACACUGGACCGCGGAGGCAGCUGGGUAAGUAUCCCCCUGACCAUUUUCAGGACGUCUUUUGUUCACGUAUGAGUUGAAAAUGCGCAUGUUUUCUUAAUGCAAUUAAACGCAUGAUCUUAUCGACGGCACUGAGUCGACAUAUUAUAAGAACAAUACGUUUUGGCGAUGACCAAAGGCUGCUGUUCAUCACCGAGCCGCGGUGGCUCAUGGGAUAGACAAUAUGGUUUUUGUCCUAUUUACCGUUCAGAGGGUCGGAAAAUCACGCACACUUCUAAUCAAACGCGUGGCAAUUGGUGUCUGGUGGUUAUUGAGAUGUUGUGGGGUAUAUUCCGCAAUUUAAAUACUGAAAUCAUCAUAGAAGAGAAAUGUUACCGAAAGGGAUUCUGGGAAAGGAAGAUAGCAUCUGCAAAGCCAGCUGUAUCGCAACUAGGCUAUUACUGCUUUAGGGACUAGCCUACAUCGUCAAGAAAACACCUUCUGGAUGCUUACGAAUUUAACAAACGUUAUACAUUAAUGACAAGAAACGAAUGAAUGCAAUGAAUGAAUAGGUGGAUGCGAUAUUAGUUUCACACCGCAGCCAGCAUCAAUAUGACAAAUGUAAUCACGUGACCGCCUGAACAUCUUGGGGGUGGGCAGCAGCAGCCCUUAAUGUCUUGCUGCUGCUAGUGGCGUCAGUGAGAGCAAAUCAGUCUGCCGUCUCACAGGCCGUGCAUCCAUCUUUACAUUUUUCAGAGCUUUUUUGACAGCCAAGAGAUCUUUCCCUUUUGAUCCCCUUUCCUGCACACACUAAUGUAUCAUUGCAGGCACUAAUUUGCUGGUAAAAGCCUGGCAGAGCUUAGUGCAUGAAUCAUGGCUGUUCUUGCCUCUGAUAUUUGCCUGAGCUACCCUGCCGAGGAAAUGGCUCCCUACCUCAAAGCACCAACAAAUUGAGAGACUGCUUACCCUAAAAUAAAGCUUUUCAGCACGUUGUGUGAAGAUCAUGGGCGAUAUGAAAACCCCGGACUUUGACGACCUGCUUGCGGCCUUUGAUAUCCCUGACAUGGUUGACCCAAAGGCAGCCAUUGAAUCAGGACAUGAAGACCACGAGGGACAGCUGAAGCACAACGUCCACCAUGAUGAUGAUAACCAGAUGCCCUCUGCCCCUGAUGUGGGAGUUAGUGUUAUUGUCAAAAAUGUCAGAAAUGUUGACUCUUGUGAGCAGCCACUCUCAGACAAAGAUGUUCACCCUUCAGUCGGCAACGGCCUGCAAAAUGGUUUUCUGGGCAUGUGCUCAAGUGACCGGUAUAGCAAAGAGGGUGGGAAGCCCUUGAAGACAGACAGCCAUGGCCCUCCAGCCAACAACCCCUCCUUCAACCAGUUCAGCCCCAUCUCCAGUGCUGAGGAGUUUGAUGAUGAUGACAAAAUUGAGGUGGAUGACCCAGCGGACAGACAGAACAACCUUCCAUGCUUUAGGCCAAACCCCUUAACUGGACUCAUUGGAGGUGGUAUUUCAAAAUCAGGUUCUAAUGUACAGUUUGUGAGAUCCAAACUUGAAAAUGGCAACAGUAGUAAUAGUUCCUCAGCUUCACACUCUCAGAACCCUCUGAAACCAAGAAAAUCAGAGGAGCAGUUACAGGCAGUUGCUCCAAAGGCCUCUGAGAUUAAAGAAACAUCAGAACCUCUAAGUGUGUCCAAUCUCUCCCAAGCCAAAGCUAAAUCGUCGGCUAAGCUCUCAUCUUGUAUCGCAGCAAUUGCAGCUCUCAGUGCAAAGAAAGCCUCCUCAGAUUCUACUGUUCCAGAGUCCCCUACUGCCCUGCAAGAUUCCACUAUGGAGACCAGGGACAAGCCCCAGGAGCAGGAGACAGCUCUAGAGGUAGCCAGGAAGAUGCUUUCCAAACAGCCUGAAAGUCCUUGCAGUGUCACUAGUGAGGGCAGCAGUAAAGGGUCGCCAUCAUCCCCUGCAGGGUCCAUUCCUGUUAUCCCAAAGGUCAGAAUCAAAACCAUCAAGACAUCAUCAGGUCAGAUCAAGAGAACAGUCACCCGAGUGUUGCCAGAGUUUGACCCUGAUGGCCUGAAGAAAGCGACGGACUCAAUUGUGGUCUCCAGUUUGACCUCUCCAACUUCCAAUGCAGUGUUUUCAUCUCCAACUCGGGCAGCAUUACCUACCACAGUCAUGGCCACUUCAGGCAGCUCAACAAUCGAGGUCACCAAGCAGGUGACCAUCAAACCUGUGGCCACAGCUUUCCUCCCAGUAUCAGCAGUCAAAACAGCUGGCUCUCAGGUGAUCAACCUGAAGUUGGCUAACAACACCACAGUGAAGGCCACUGUCAUCCCUGCUGCCUCAAUGCAGAGUGCCAGUAGUGCCAUCUUGAAAGCUGCCAAUGCAAUCCAGCAGCAGACGGUGAUGGUGCCUGCCUCCAGUCUGGCGAAUGCCAAACUUGUGCCAAAGACAGUCCACCUCACCAACCUCAACCUGCUCCCACAGGCCUCUGCCACCCCCUCCGAGCUUCACCAGGUCCUCUCCAAGCCCCAGCAGCCAAUCAAACAGGCCAUGGUGGUGAGCCAGCCCCCAAAGAAGGUGUCUCGGGUGCAGGUUCUGGCCAGUUCUCAGAGUUCAGUUGUGGAAGCAUUCAACAAAGUGCUGAGUAGCAUCAACCCAGUACCGGUGUAUGUUCCCAAUCUCAGCCCUCCCUCGGCUGCCUGUAUAUCGAUUCCAUCACGGGGCUACAAGUGCCUCGAGUGUGGUGACUCCUUUGCGCUGGAGAAGAGCCUGUCCCAACACUACGAAAGGCGGAGUGUACGUAUCGAGGUCACCUGCAACCACUGCACCAGGAACUUGGUGUUCUACAACAAGUGCAGUCUACUGUCCCACGCCCGGGGACACAAGGACAAGGGUGUGGUGAUGCAGUGCUCCCACCUCAUCCUGAAGCCCAUCCCCGCGGAUCAGAUGAUCUCCUCUUCAUCACUGCCCUUCUCUGCUCCUUCGCUCUUGUCCACCACCGUCUCAUCGGGGUCUCUCAGCUCCUCUGUAGCCAGUGCCCAGGGGAAGUCGACCGUGUCAGCCGUAAUAUCUGCCCCUUCCUCUGCUCCACUUGUGGCUGCCAUGCCCCUCGAUGAGGAUGCUUCCAGACUUUGCAGACACAACCUCAAAUGUCUGGAGUGCAGUGAGAUGUUUCAAGAUGAGUCAGCACUAGCCAUGCACUACCAACAGGGAUCAGAGUCAAGUGGUCAGACCUGCACCAUCUGUCAAAUGCUGCUGCCCAACCACUGCAGUUUUGCAUCUCACCAGCGCAUCCACCAGCACAAGUCCCCAUACAUCUGUCCUGAGUGUGGAGCCAUUUGUCGUUCUGUGCACUUCCAGUCUCAUGUCACCAAGAACUGCCUUCACUACACCCGCAGAGUUGGCUACCGUUGUGUUCAUUGCAGCGUCAUCUUUGCAGAUAUAGCUGCUCUGAAGUCUCACAUUCAGGGCUCUCAUUGUGAAAUCUUCUAUAAAUGCCCCAUCUGCCCCAUGGCCUUCAAAUCUGCACCAGGCACUCAUUCCCAUGCCUACACUCAACACCCAGGGGUGAAAAUCGGAGAGCCCAAGUUAAUCUACAAAUGUUCCAUGUGUGACACAGUGUUCACCCAGCAGACCCUCCUCUACACCCACUUUGACCAGCACUUGGCCAGUCAGAGGGUGUCUGUGUUCAAGUGCCCCGACUGCACCAUGCACUAUGCGCAGAAGCAGCUAAUGCUGGACCACAUAAAGUCCCUACAUGGCACUUUAAAGACCAUCGAGGGGCCUCCAAACCUGGGGAUCAACCUGCCACUGAGCACCAAGGCCACAAACUCCAUGGGCCCCAAUGCUAACAACAGAGAGGUGGGCUCCUUCAAUGGUGUGGACAAGGGAGAGAAGAAGCCUGUGUCCCCACUGAAGAAGAGCAGCAUUGGCCCAGAGAGCCCAAAGAAGCCCCAGAACCCGGGAUGGACCUGCCGCGACUGCAACCGGCUCUUCACCCAGAGAGAGGUCUACAUCGCUCACGUAAAGAGGGAACACGGCAAGCAACUGAAGAAGCAUCCAUGCCGGCUGUGUGACAAGUCCUUUAGCUCUUCCCACAGCCUGUGCCGACACAACCGCAUCAAACACAAAGGCCUCCGCAAGGUCUACACUUGCCCGCAUUGCCCAGAGGCCACCCGCACCUUCACUAAGAGGCUGAUGCUGGAGAAGCACAUCCAGCUCACGCAUGACCUCAAGGCUGGAGAGGGGAAGCCAGCGGGAGACAUCGCAACCACUGAGGCCAAUGUAGACAAGCACCUUUCCCAGGUGGCCAGUCCCAAACGCAAGCAGCAGGCUGCCGAUGAGCCCAAGCAGCAGGGUGGCCAGGGGGAGGGAGAGCAGGGGCCGGACGGGGAGGGUCCGGCGGGCGGCGACGGCCCUGGAGGGCAGCCGCUGAAGAAGCUGAAGGUGAGCGUGUGCAAGGUCCACCGCUGCGGCGUGUGCAACUUCAGCACCGAGGACCUGCUACGCUUCCACGAGCACAUCCCGCAGCACCGCUCCGACGGCUCGUCCUUCCAGUGCCGCGAGUGCGGCCUCUGCUACACGUCGCACCCCUCGCUGGCCCGACACCUCUUCAUCGUGCACAAGCUCAAGGAGCCGGCCAGCCUGGGUCGCCACCGCACCGCCCCUGGUCAGCCGGAGGGCCCCGAAGUGGCAGAGGGGGCAUCUGACACGUGCAAAGUCUGCGGUAGGACCUUCGAGACGGAGGGCGCCCUGAACACACACAUGAGGACACAUGGUAUGGCCUUUAUCCGCUCCAAGAGGCUAGGGGCAGCCGACAAGUGACUGGAGGUCCCCCCAUCUGUCCGUCCGAAGCCCAAGGCCCUUCGGUGACCUUUGAACCAGAAACGACAAAAAGUGGAUGUUUGUCCAUCUCCCACGACCCCCAGAAAUGUACAUAUAAACAUGUAUAUGACAAAUGUAUAGAUAUAUCACACACAAAAAGGCCUUUGUGUGUUUAAAAAUAUGUAAUAUAUUUAAAAAGAAAACAGAUUUAUGUAUUUAAAUAUCUAAAAAACUUUUUUUACACUUUCAAUAUGUGUUUGUAUGGAUGUUGAGUAGAUCUUUUUAUAGAGUUUUUAUUUUUUUCAUCCUCAUCCUGUAUUUUUUCGUACUGGUAGUGCUCCAUUCCUCACUGCUGCUAAGGUCCACAGAAUGUUCUGAUAGACUCUCAGCACCUGCACAGGUGUGUUCUGAUAGACUCUCAGCACCUGCACAGGUGUGUUCUGAUAGACUCUCAGCACCUGCACAGUUGUGUUCUGAUAGACUCUCAGCACCUGCACAGGUGUGGUGUGCACACUGUGCACGGACAAUCAGUCGGUUUCAAAGGGCCAGAGAGGAGGUGGAGGUAGCCUUUCUCUCUUGACCAUUCCUGAAGAAGUCCACUAGAGGUCAUGUUGAGCUCCUGAAACCGGCAGUGAAUGCAUUGUUUUUCUUCCUCUCUCGACGCAGUACCUAUGAAAAUGGCUAAGUUGUGCGGAACUUCCACUGAGGCUAAUGUGAUUCUGUAUGUGCUCUUCAAGCUCGUGGCCCAUACCAUGUAUUUUUGGUUCUCUUUGUGUGUCUUAAUUCAUGUUCUCAGGCAAUCCUGUCAUACCACAGCAGUUGUGAUAACAGGCCUCUCUUGCAGCCUCUAAACAUAAACAUACAUUGUAUGUUUUAGCCUUUUUCAGUGUCUCCAGACAUGGUCUAAAUCAUUGGUAUUUGGAUUAAUUGCAUCCACAUCUCUCAAUGCUUUGCUCUCAUAUGUGUGUACGGCGCUCAUGCUCUGCUUAGCAGAUCUCUGCCUCUGUUGUUAACAUGGCUGCCUUAGAGAUGUGUUGCCUCCACUCCUGCCGAGCAGGUGUGUUCAUGAGCCUUCCCUGCAUGCUGGUCCAAUCAGAAGUGCUUUGCAGGCCCACUGAGAGCUUGGGUUUCUCUGGCUGUCUCAGUGCUGGAAAGGGGAGUGCCAGAUGUUCUUUUCUUUGUGACUUGCCAAUUAACAGCGUGGCCUAGCCACGGGGAGCUCUCAGCGUGCAGCGCAACGCAGCCCAGCACAGGGACAUGUUGAGUCAGCCCCUAGACUAACCUCGUCAGGAGCAAGAGUGACAAGUGGCCAAAGGAAAACAAGUACGACGGAAGAAAAGAAUGUCUUAAGUUUAAAUAAGUUUAAAUAAAUAAUAUUUAGACUGGAAAUCCAUUUUUUUGUUUUUUUCCCCCCACUAAUCAGCAGGUCAUUGUAGCUAAAGUUCAUUAGUUUCCCUUUUCAAGUUAUGUUUUACAUUAAAGACAAAAGAACAGUUAUCUGGGAACAUGCUGAAGAAAAUGCUGUUUAAGUAUGUUUUGGUUCCACUGUUCCCGUUAAAGGACCAGGUUUUUAUGUUUUGAGCGUCUGAAUAUUUGUCAAUAAUAUGCAUGACAGAAGCCAUCAGUGGUUGUUAUCUGUUACUUAGAAGGUGUCUUGCUGCUGUUCAGUAGAGAUAUUAGAUGUUUGUGUACAGAC